ACAAGUAGGAAGGAGGUAGUGCAGGACACCGGCAAAGAGAAGCGGGAGGCACUGCCGCGCCGGGGCUGUGGGGGCCGCCGCCGCCGCCUCGCAGCAGGAACGAGGCGGGAGCCGGAGCGGGCGAGGGGCCAGGCCGUCGGGCAGAGGGCCGCCCAGCCCGCCCCCCGGUCCGCAGCCUCCGUCCGCGCGGUACACCCGACCCCUGGGUCGGUCCCCCGGGCGGCGAGGAACUCGCGCGGGGGAGCCGGAGCGGACCGGACCCUCCCUCCGCCGGCUGCAGCCCGAGGGCGCCCCCUCGGGGCUGAGCCGCCGCCGCCUUCCGCGGGCAGCUGAGUGUCCGGCCCGCGUCGCGCGCCGGGAGCCCGGAGCGGCCGCCGCCGGCCCAGAGGGCGAGGAGAGGGGGCGGCCAUGGGGCUACUGUCCCAGGGCUCGCCACUGAGCUGGGAGGAGACCCAGCGCCACGCCGACCACGUGCGGCUGCACGGGAUCCUCCAGUUCCUGCACAUCUACCACGCCGUCAAGGACCGGCACAAGGACGUGCUCAAGUGGGGCGACGAGGUGGAAUACAUGUUGGUAUCUUUUGAUCAUGAAAAUAAAAAAGCCCAACUGGUACUGUCUGGAGAGGAACUUCUUGAAACUCUGCAAGAAAAGGGGGAAAGGACAAACCCAAACCACCCUACCCUUUGGAGACCAGAGUAUGGGAGCUACAUGAUCGAGGGGACACCUGGCCAGCCGUACGGAGGGACCAUGUCUGAGUUCAACACGGUCGAGGACAACAUGAGGAAGCGCCGCAAGGAAGCGACAUCUCUGCUGGGGGAAAACCAGGCCCUCUGCACAAUCACUUCGUUUCCCAGAUUAGGCUGCCCUGGGUUCACGCUGCCCGAGUUCAAGCCCAACCCAGUGGAAGGAGGAGCUUCCAAGUCCCUCUUCUUUCCUGAUGAAGCGAUAAACAAGCACCCGCGCUUCAGUACCCUCACCAGGAACAUCCGGCACAGAAGAGGAGAAAAGGUUGUCAUCAACGUCCCAAUAUUUAAGGACAAGAAUACACCAUCUCCAUUUAUAGAAACAUUUCCUGAGGAUGAUGAGGCAGCAAAGGCUUCUAAGCCCGACCACAUUUACAUGGAUGCUAUGGGCUUUGGGAUGGGCAAUUGCUGUCUGCAGGUAACGUUCCAAGCCUGCAGCAUAUCUGAGGCCAGAUACCUUUAUGAUCAGUUGGCCACUAUCUGCCCAAUUGUCAUGGCUUUGAGCGCUGCGUCUCCUUUUUACCGAGGCUAUGUGUCAGACAUUGAUUGUCGCUGGGGCGUGAUUUCUGCAUCUGUAGAUGAUAGAACUCGGGAGGAGAGAGGACUGGAGCCACUGAAGAACAACCACUAUAGGAUCAGUAAGUCCCGAUACGAUUCAAUAGACAGUUACUUAUCUGAGUGCGGUGAGAAAUACAAUGACAUCGACCUGACGAAAGACAAAGAAAUCUAUGAACAGCUUUUGCAGCAAGGCAUCGAUCAUCUCCUGGCCCAGCACGUGGCUCAUCUCUUCAUUAGAGACCCGCUGACUCUGUUUGAAGAGAAAAUCCACCUGGACGAUGCCAAUGAGUCCGACCAUUUUGAGAAUAUUCAGUCCACAAAUUGGCAGACAAUGCGAUUUAAACCUCCUCCUCCAAACUCCGACAUUGGAUGGAGAGUGGAAUUCCGGCCCAUGGAGGUUCAGUUGACAGACUUCGAGAACUCCGCGUACGUGGUGUUCGUGGUGCUGCUCACCAGGGUGAUCCUUUCCUACAAACUGGACUUUCUCAUCCCGCUGUCAAAGGUUGAUGAGAACAUGAAAGUAGCACAGAAGCGAGAUGCCGUCCUGCAGGGAUUGUUUUAUUUCAGAAAAGAUAUUUGCAAAGGUGGCAAUGCCAUGGUGGACGGCCGCGGCAAGACCACGGGCAGCACCGAGCCAGCAGCCGAGGAGUACACGCUCAUGACCAUCGACACCAUCAUCAACGGCAAGGAAGGCGUGUUCCCCGGGCUGAUCCCCAUCCUGAACUCUUACCUGGAAAACAUGGAGGUGGACGUGGACACCAGAUGCAGUAUUCUGAACUACCUGAAACUGAUUAAGAAGAGAGCAUCCGGAGAAUUAAUGACAGUUGCCAGAUGGAUGAGGGAGUUCAUCGCAAACCAUCCAGACUACAAGCAAGACAGUGUAAUAACUGACGAGAUGAACUAUAGCCUUCUUUUAAAGUGUAACCAAAUCGCAAAUGAAUUAUGUGAAUGCCCAGAGUUACUUGGACCAGCAUUUAGGAAAGUAAAGUACAGUGGAAGUAAAACUGACUCUUCCAACUAGACGUCCUGCAGAAGGAGGAGUGCUUCACCGUGUUAGUGAAGGACUGACCGCAGGAUCAGCCCGUGUGCAUGGUGUGAGGACCAGAUAAUAGCACUGCACUGUUUCUUGCGCUGCUCGGCAGAAGUGGGUUUAGGCAAAUCUAGAGUUUAUACAGUGUACAUGUACAUAGUAAAGUAUUUUUAUGAUUAACAAUGUAUUUUAAUAACACUGUAUCUAAAGUCAUUUGUGAGCUGGCUUGUACAUUUUUCAGUUCUGACUCUGGAGCAACUACUGUGGAAACGGUUUUGUAAAUGUAACUUCCUGAUGACUAUACUAUAUCUGCAUUCCAGAGUUUAAAAUGUUUACUGUAAAUUUUGGGGUUUUUUAAAAAGACUUUACCUGGACCUGAUUCACUGAAAUCUAUCACUUCACCUUGAAAACAGUUUGUCCUGCUAAUUUUCUUUGAGUCAUCUCCUUUGGCAUAUACAUGAAAUCACUAUUGAAUCCACCAAAGUGCUUUGAGGGGAAGCUUAGAUUUCCGGCACCUUAUCUAUGAUGAUUCUUUUGUAAUUGGAAUAGCUAACCCCUCGGUAACCCUGUCCCAAGCUUUUCCCACUAAACAGAACCCACUGAACU